AUGGUGUUAGAUAAGAAGCUGUACAAUUUCAUCGAUCACAAGGAACGGAGCAAUAAAGAACUAGGGGAAGACCUAGGAUCUACAACAAUGAAAGCGUUCGCCUUCGAACAAGACGACAGCGCGAAACAUGACAGGAAAAGACUCGAUUAUGGUUCUGCACGCCAGCGUCAGAGGCGGCGGAAUGAGGACAUGAGGGACAGAAAGUUUGAGACACAAGUCCCACGUGGCAAAGCACUCAAAUGGUGGAAAAAAGGCAACUCAGACCAGGAGGAGCCUCCGCUUCAAUCUCGAAAAAGGGCGGACUACGUUGGACGGAAACGCUCGACUUCAGCUAAGGCGAUGUGCGACUGGAAGGUGCAGGGAACAGAGGAACAUGUAGCGAGGUUGGCGGAGAACGCGAAAGAAUGUCAACGACGAAGAUAUGGUUUGGAGAGCACUGCAAAAUACUUUGCUAGCCUGGAGGAGAACGUCGAGCGUCAACGAAGAAGACGUGAAAGGAAAGCACUAAGGAUCAUGUUUCUAGGUGUAGGGAAAUGCUCUGACUCAGCGAAGAAGACGCGCAUUGGAAAGAACGGAGGAACGAGUGAGUAUAUUGGAGGAAAACGCACAACGAUAGCGGAGAAAACGUGA